AUGUUAUCCCUUCUUUUGCUGGCAUUGCCGCUAUCGGCCGCCGCCACGCAGAUGCAGGCCAUUCUACAUAACACCCAUCGCGGCGACAAUUAUCAUUAUCCUACGGAUCUGACGAGGGGGAUCUUGCCGAUCCCUGUCCAUUCCCACAAUGACUAUUGGCGGGAUAUUCCGUUCUAUACUGGCCUCUCCAACGGGUGUAUGUCCACCGAAGCAGAUGUGUGGCUGUACAACGACACCCUCUACGUCGGCCAUGACGAGUCUUCUCUAACGCACGAGCGUACCCUGGAGUCGCUCUACAUCAAUCCCAUCCUAGACGUCCUAGAGCGUCAGAACCCGCAGACGCCCUUCGUCACCUCCCCUACGAAGAACGGGGUCUUCGACACCGACACCGCGCAAACACUCUAUUUCUUCAUCGACGUGAAGACAUCCGGUCCGGAGACCUUCCAGGCCGUGAUAUCAGCGCUCGAGCCGCUCCGUCAACAGGGCUAUCUCACCACGCUCAAGAACAACAAGACGCUCACGACUGGUCCGGUGACCAUCAUCGGCACGGGAGACACGCCACUCAGCAUGGUCGGCCCCGUGGAGGAUCGGGAUUACUUCUACGAUGCCAAACUCGAGUCCCUUGACGAGCCCGAGAACGCGGCGAUCACGUCACUGAUUUCGCCGAUCGCGUCGACCAGCUUUAAAGACGCCGUCGGCACGGUGAAUCUCGGGCUCCCCACCGGGGUCAAGCUGACCAUUCGCCAUGUCUCGUCAACGCCCACCCCGUGCGCCGCGCUGUACGCCGCUCCACCAGGCGAAGAACCCGAGCCGACCUUCUGCGAAAACCACUUCCUGUCCGUGUCCGUGCCCGUCGAGUCUGACGAGUCCGGCACCGCCGAUCUCAUCGUCUUCGGCAUCGAGGUGCUCGUCUACAGCGCCGCGCAUCUCACCACCAUCUUCGUCUCCAAGGCCGACUCCACCGGCUACCUGGACCAGCUGAAAAAGGUCGCGCCCAAGGCGUCCCUCCUCCGUCGCAUCUCCCACACCUUCCUGGCCUACCUCGUGCGCACCCGCCAGCGCCCAGGCGUCCGCCUCCUCCUCUCGCUCUUCGCGCGUGCCCAGAACCAGUACCUCUUCCCGGGGAGCAUCGAGAACCCGAACAAGCAUGUCCUGGACGACAGGGGUCUGAUAAAGUGGUGGUGUCGCGCGGUGGACCCCAUCCUGCGGGAGUACGAGCCCGAAUCAGGGUCGGACGAGAAGGGGGUUUUAGAAUCCGCCCGCAACUCCGCAACGGCCUUUCUGAUCGUCCCCGGCUGCGACCGGUUCGAAACCCGCGGCUUCUUCCCUCCCACUGCGAAAUCCGAUGACAAGGAUCGCCCGCGCUGGCUGAACAGCUAUCCGCUCAAGCAGCUCUGCGAUAACCCCCGUGCGCCGCCGCGCUGUCUGGUCCCGCGCUUUCCUGACGACCCCAAGACCCGGUUCUUGACUGAUCUUGAUGAUGAGCUACCCCGGACGGCCCAGUCGGGCCAGUGGCGCAGCGUCCGGUCGCUGGAUCAGUUCUGGGAAAUGAUGUCCUUCCGACAGGAGUGCUCGGCGGGUAGGCUGGUUGGGUUCCUGUGGCUGGUCAUUAAUCCCCCGGGGAUGGUCAAUUCGGUCCAGAUGACUAGUUCGCGACCGAUGCCUAUCGAGACAGCGUCGGCAACGGCACCGUCCACGGGAGACAAAUCGCAGUCGACCGAAUUGACCCCCGCGGAUUCCCAUCCCGUACCACCACAACCAUCACAGACACCUCCAUCAGAACUCCCCCACGACUCCUCCAAACCUACAAAAGACCCCUCUCCAACAGCAGAGAAACCCCCCCAAGCCCCGACCACAACCACCGAAACCAACCCAUUCUUCUGGCCCGCAGAAGGAAGGGGCCACGCCGUCCUCAGCGAAGAAGACUACAAAACAGCCAUCAACUUCCUCCUCGAUCAAGACUUCUUCAACGAAGAGGUCUCCAUCGCCAGCAGCAAAGCAUGGGCCGACAAAGUAGCCUCCCUAACGGACGAACUAUGGGUUGGGCAGCAGGUCGUCGGAAAACAGACACCCACCACAGCAGCAGACUCCGAGUCGGUCGUGCCAGGCGCGCCAACGCCCACUGCUGAGCCCAGCGGCAAUGUGCUAGCUCAGGGACUGGUUCGCAAGCGAAAGAAGGUCGAGGAUGCACCACCGUCGUCGUCACCCCCACCCCCGCAGCCGUCGGCUUCGUCUGCGGCGUCUGAGGUCAAUGUCCUCCAGGGGAACCUCAUCCGGAAGAAGAAAAAGAAGACAUAG